GCAAUUCAUUCCAGUUUCACUGACUUCAACAUGAAGACCUUUCAUCAUGUGUUCGUGAUGUGCGUGGUGGUAUUUCUAGCAUGGGAGGCAGCUGCAGUGGAGGAAACUGUUACAUUCGAUCGAGAUGUAACAGUGUUGGGCUCAAACAACCAGAUCCAGAAGCUGCAUUCUUGGACGAUUGAAGUUAAAAAAGUGGAAUCAGAAUCUGACUAUGUAUCCAGGCGUACAGAUAACGAAGGCAAAAAACUUGCUAUUUUCUUCUUCAACAAUGAUAAAGACGCAUUAAAAGGUGAUGACGAAAAAUUCAAGGUUCUAGCUGCGAAGGAGUUCGCAAGAAAUGAAGUUAGAAACGGUGUUUACUUAAUUGUUCCCAAUGAUGUGCUUACUGAAAAUUUUAGAAAAAAACACAACAUACGAUUUACGAAUUAUCUUUGGUUUGACUUGGAAGAUAAGUACAAAGUCGUCGAUGUUACCGACAAAGCUUCAUAUGACGCAAGGCAUAACGAGUACGAAGGCAGAAGUAUUUACACUUUGUUUCACGACUACCAGCCGGACUGUGUGACAGAGAGCGGCAAGAACUGCCUUGAGUGGAGAAAAGAAGAUACCAUGCUUUGGAUAAAAAACAAGUACAACACUAUGUGUGUUCGGACCGUUCUGCUCGUAGUUCAUGUGGAUGUCGUUCGCCCUGAUGCAAUAGGGAAGCUCUGUCCAAAACUUGGACAGCCAUUGGAGUACCCUGCAUUGUACCACGAAAAAAACUCAAGGUUGAUCGAUAUAACAGGAAAAUUCAGUGGAAAAUUCAAUGGAAAAAAUGCAGAUUAUAAGGCGAGGGAUUCGUGCUUUGACAGAAAUACUAGUAUGAACUAAAAGCAAGAGUUACUAGCAAGAAAACUGCCAGUGUGUCAGAAAUGAAAUAAAGAAUUUGAUUUCCAAA